UGGGAAAUCUUUCACUUAAGUAGCGGCUUCUGGAGCACCGAGUCUUGGCAGACUGUUCCUGUGUCCCGUUCGAGGCCACGAUGAUGAUGCUGUUGCUACUGCUAACGACCGCAGUGGGACUGUCUGCAGCUUCGGUUGCGGCUAGCUCGUCGGGAGCGCUAACCAAUGGCACCUCUGGCAACCGAGUGGACCACGAUGGCAGCAUCGAAAAGCCGCGGCGCGGUGUCGUCGUGUGCUACUACCAGACGUGGGCUUACAAUCGGCCCUGGCCCAUGACUUACGACAUCGAGGACAUACCCACAGAUCUGUGCACGCACCUCGUGUACUCUUUCGUCGGACUUGACAACUCCACCUGGAAGGUCACUCACGUCGACGAGGAGUUCGACCUCGGAAAGGACGGUCUGAGCCGGUUCGUGUCUCUAAAACGACGUCACCCGCACCUGAAGACCCUGCUGGCUGUGGGCGGAUGGGCAGAGGGCGGCAAGAAGUACUCAGACAUGGUGGGUACCCGCUCCCGUCGAAAGGUGUUCGUGCAGAGUGCCCUCGAGUGGGUCCUAAAGUACGGCUUCGAUGGUUUCGACCUCGACUGGGAGUACCCGGGCGCCAGCGACCGACAGGGAAAGUUCUCCGACAAGGACAACUUCCUCAAACUCGUCAAGGAAAUGAGGGCGGUGUUCGAUGAGCACAAACUCCUCAUCACGUGCGCCGUUCCCGUGGCCAAGUUCCGUCUCGACGAAGGCUACGAGGUCGAGCAGCUUGGCAGGCUGCUGGACCACAUUCACGUGAUGACGUACGAUCUACGAGGCAACUGGGCGGGAUUCGCCGACGUGCACAGCCCGCUCUUUAAGCGCCCAUUUGACCAGUGGUCCUACGAGAAGCUGAACGUGCAUGACGGCCUACGCCUGUGGGCGGAUCGCGGCGCCCCGCGCCACAAGCUGAUCGUAGGCGUCCCACUGUACGGCCGCACCUACACCCUGGGCAGCCGGGAUAACCACGGGCUCCGGGCACCCGUCAAGAAGUGGCUCAACGGAGGGGCACCGGGCCGCUUCACUAACGAAACUGGCUUCCAGGCGUACUUCGAGGUGUGCGAGAAUGUGCUCAAGGACGGCUGGACGCGCGAAUGGGACGACAUGGGAAAGUGCCCGUACGCCUACAAGGACAACCAGUGGGUCGGGUACGAGGAUGAGAAGAGCAUCGCAAUCAAGAUGGACUACAUCAAGAAAGAAGGCUACGGUGGCGCCAUGGUCUGGGCCGUGGACAUGGACGACUACCGGGGCGAUUGCAGUGAAGGUCGCCGUAACCCGCUGAUGACGAUCAUCCACCGAGCCAUCAGCGGAUACCGUGUGCCGGCGCCCGAGCAAGUCACAACUGACGCGCGCGUCCGAGGCGGCGCCUCCGAGUCCACGACUACGACCACGAGUACGACCGUCAAGCCUCGGCCUCGGCCCCCGCCGGGAAGCACGCCCGACUGCACGGACUACUCGUGGCAGUUCUAUCCGCACGAGACGGACUGCUCGAAGUACUACCAGUGCAGUCACGGGAAGCCUAUGCUGCGCAGCUGCACCCGUGGCACCGUUUGGGACAUCGACCGUAACAUCUGCAACUGGCCGCAGAACGCCAAUCGCGAGGAGUGUGCGUCUGCAAAGUACGAGGAGGAAGACGACGACGACGACGACGAGGACGACCGGAUUAAAUGAUGAAGGAAUGUGCGGGACGUUUUCCUAUCGCUUGGGUAUGACGACGGUGUCUCCGCUACAGGCGCCCGUAUUACGUCUUACUUAAUCAAAGAGAACAUGUGAUCUAGAAGUAUAUUUUCCUAAAAUGUUUUUUUUUACGUUUUGAGCCAUUACCGCUGCGUGAUAUGGUGCGCCUGGCGCAUGUCACGUGGAGCAUGACGCCGGCAUUCUAAUGCCUGGUCGUUUACAAAUAGGCUGAUGAAAAGAACAAGUGCAUGAUUCAUCCUGAGAGGUUGAAGCUUCGCUUAAGUGCCUCGAUGUGUGUGGCUUCAAUGAUUUGAAAGAAACCAAUAAACAAUCUUGUUUUCAGUGUCUA